CCCAAGUCCGACAAACGAGGGCAUCCAUCGGAUUCGCAAGCUACUUGUUGAAGCUCAAGAGUGCAGUGGCCAGGGAUCUUUGAAGCAUCAUGGGCGCAGAUGACGCAGCUGCGAAGCGCGCGACAUUCCUCUCAGCGCGCCGCGUCCUCAAAUCGUUGCACCUCGGCCGCGACUAUGGCAGCGUCCGCGUGCUCGGGUCGCAGGCCGUCAACGCCGCGUCGCACGGCGUCUUGGGUGGCCUCUGCGUCCACAGCCUCAACCACACGCUCUUGGUCUGCGACGUGACCCAUGCGUGCAUUCGCGUGCUGGACGUACGGUCCCGCGCCGUGCUCCACUCGAUCGGCAGCCGCGGCGGCAACCCUGGAAAAUUCAUCGAGCCCGUCGGCAUUGCGCUGAAUGCGCUGAAUGGCCACUUUGCGGUCUCAGAUGCCAAGCUCAACCGGAUUCAAGUGUUCUCCAUGCAGUACGAGCUACUCGGGCACUUUGGGAAGCCAGGCAAUGACGCAGACGAGUUUCAGACUGUAGCGGGUCUGAGUUAUACGCACGACGGUCGCCACUUGGUCAUCGCCGACAAGGGCAACCACCGCGUCAAGAUCGUGACACCGCAAGGACUGUUGGUGCGCAUCAUUGGCGAAUUUGGUGACAAGAGCCACCAGUUCAACUCACCCUGCGACGUGGCAGUCAACAAACGCGCCGAGCUCUUCGUUGCCGACCGCGAGAACAACCGCGUUAGCGUCUUCUCGCACCUCGGCGAGUUCAUCCUCUACUGGUUCGUCCCAAGCCCGCACAGCGUCGCGAUUGCGAUAGAGGAUGCGACCAGUGGCGACGCGGGCGACAUUGUGGUCUGCGAUGCGCAGCACCUGCGGGUGUUUUCGCAGACGGGGUUGCUCGCGCUCCAAGUGCUUCUGCCGGACACGACAGGUGUCGUGUACGCACAGAAACGCUUUCUUCUCACCCAAUUGCCAUCACUCGUGACAUUCUGUGCACCCUACACGAGCGUUGCUGCCGGCGCGCUCACCAUCUUGCCUGUCGCCGCGUUCGAGAUGGUCUUGCAGUAUCUCUCGUACCAGGAUGCGAUUCCGCUGCGUCAGACCAACCGGUUUUUCCAUCGGACAUGCAAACAUCUCCGCGACACGUGGCAGCUCUUCCCGCUCACAAUCGGCGAGUCGCCGCGGCGCCACUACGGUGUCCUUGUCGCAAAAGCCUCUGGCCUCAAAGCCAUCCAUGCCCUCUACGCAAAGUGGGGCGAGCAGUCGUACGCGGUCAUUCCGCGGCCCGAGACGCACGGGCUCAGGUUUGCCUCGACGUUCCAAAGCGCAAUCUGCGAACACUUUGGUCCGAUGUUUUGGUUUCAGCACGAGCCGUCGCUUCUCAUCAUCUUCCAGUACUACGCUGACGCGGACAAAGUGCUUCGGCGCAAGGGCUUCAUCGAGCUCGUCACAGUGCUCACCGAGAUCCAAGCCAAUGUCCUCGAGUGGCACCACUGCCGUGCCUUUGCCGACGCCCGUCGGUCGGUGCCAAUGCGACGAAAACAAUCUGUCUCGGGGCUCGAGCGACUUGAAGCGGCGCAGAAUUACCAGCUCGAUAAGCUCGUGUCCAAGCUAAAAUCAUUGGUUUAGAGCGCUUCGAUGGCAAGCGAAUGGGCGUGUCGACGGCUGGCUGUGGUGUCAUGCACCUCCAACACUGAAGCAGCGUUGAACUAGCGACACAUACAGGUUUGAUGUACAUGGGUCGCGGGCCUUG